AUUGCUAAAGAAGUUAUGAAUAUAGGUGCUAUCAUUGAUGUUAAUUCCCGCAUAGGCAAAGAAGAGAAAAUCGGCAUGGAAAUUGCGGUUCAGAACUUCAACAAAAAGUCCAAGACUCACAAACUCUCCCUCUCUAUCCAGCAUCCUCAUAGAGUAACUUCUAUUGCUGAAGAGAUGAUUAAAGAGAAGAAGGUGAAAGUGAUUAUCGGCAUGCACACGUGGCAGGAAGCAGCUGUGGUAGCCGACAUGGGAAAUGAAUCUCAAGUUGCUGUUAUUUCAUUUGCAGCACCCGCCAUUAACCCAUCGCUGAUGCAACUCCGUUGGCCUUUCUUAAUACAAAUGGCUAAAAAUGGUUCUGAAGAAAUACAAUGCAUUGCUGAUAUUGUUCAAGCGUACAAUUGGAAAAGGGUCGUGGCGAUUUAUGAAAAUGAACCCUAUGCCGGUGAUUCUGGGAAGUUGGAACUUUUGUCGGAGGCUCUCCAAAAUGUGGGUUCGGAGAUUGAGUACCGUUUGGUUCUUCCACCAUUUUCUUUUCUCCCUGAUCCGGUAAGAGUCGUCCAAGAAGAGCUUGAUAAGCUACUGCAUAUCCAAUCUCGGGUUUUCAUAGUUCUUCAGUCAUCAUUAGAGAUGGUGACUCAUUUGUUCAGAGAAGCUAAGCCGAUGGGACUUGUAGGGAUGGACUCGGCAUGGAUAAUUGCAGAAAGCAUUACAAAUUUGCUGGAUUCUGUUAACAACUCCGUUAUUUCCUCCAUGGAAGGCGCGUUGGGAAUCAAGACCAACUAUUCUGAGAUCAGCAGGCAUCAUCAUUUUUAUUCCCAGUUCCGGAAUAAUUUCAGAAGUGAAUAUCCGGAAGAAGAUAAUUCUGUGCCUGGAAUUUAUGCCCUGCGAGCAUACGACAGCAUUGGAAUUGUUAUAAAAGCGAUGCAGAAAAUGGGAAGUCCAAAGAUGUUGUUAGAGAAGAUGUUAUCAAGCAAUUUCUCUGGUUUAAGUGGAAAAAUACGUUUCGAAGAAGGCCGGCUGUCGGAGCCUCCGAUGUUGAGGAUCGUAAACGUGAUUGGGAAGAGUUACAAAGAAAUAGAUUACUGGAAAACAAAGUAUGGGUUUUCGGAAAACCCAGCUGACAUAGUAGAAAAAGAGAAAAAUGGAAGUAGUAAUAUUGCUGAUAGAGCUAGAAGAUUGGCUGGUCCAGUAACUUGGCCUGGGAACUUACAACAUCGUCCUCCGAAAGGUUGGGAAAUGCCGACAAAUGCGAAGCCACUGAAGAUUGGAGUUCCGGGGAGAACAACGUUCGAGAAGUUUGUGAAGGUCGAGUAUGGAGAGACACCGAAUCAGAACAAAUAUGAUGGUUUUUGCAUUCAAAUUUUCCAUGAGGUGCUAAGCCUUUUAGAGUAUCAUCUGCCUUACGAAUUGGAGCCCUACAAUGGCACCUACGACGACCUGGUUCAACACGUCUAUAACAAGUCAUAUGAUGCUGUGAUCGGCGACAUAACCUUACUAGCCGACCGAAUGCAAUACGUUGAUUUUACAGUGCCGUUUGCGGAGUCGGGUUUGUCUAUGAUUGUUUUGGCGAAACCAGAAGGGUCGGCAUGGAUGUUUAUGAAGCCCUUCACGGUGGGAAUGUGGGUGGCGACUGGCGGCAUCUUGAUAUACACAAUGCUUGUGGUUUGGUUCCUGGAACGUCGAUGCAAUCCAGAGUUCAAUGGCCCCUGGAAGAACCAGAUUAGUACUGCACUUUGGUUCACCUUCUCCUCUCUCUUCUUUGCUCAUAGGGAAAAAAUAUACAGCAACCUGAGUCGUUUGGUGAUUGUACUAUGGCUCUUUGUGGUGUUGGUCCUGACAUCAAGCUACACCGCUAGUCUGUCUUCAAUGCUGACAGUUCAACGGCUCCAACCCCAUGUAACCGAUGUAGAGUGGCUAAAGAAGAACAACUUGAAAGUUGGUUGCGAUGGUGAUUCAUUUGUAAGGACAUACCUGAAUAAUGUGCUUCACUUCAAGACAGACAACAUCUUGAACGUCACCAGCGAAUACAGUUACACAGGAGAAUUUGAAAGCAACAAUAUCUCUGCUGCCUUUCUUGAACUCCCAUAUGAGAAAGUUUUCCUCAAUAAGUACUGCAACGGCUUCAUUGGCACCAGACCCACCACCAGAUUUGGAGGAUUGGGCUUUGUAUUCCAGAAAGGGUCCCCAAUAGCCAGGGAUAUUUCGAAAGCCAUUCUGAGUCUGUCAGAGAAUGGUAAGUUAAAGGUACUGGAAGAGGAAUGGUUGACUCCCAUGGACGAGUGUUCAAGCAACAUAACUUCCAACAGCACUCAAACCCUGAGCCUCCAAAGCUUUUGGGUGCUGUAUCUGAUAUCCUUUGUCACUUCCACCAUUUGUUUUCUACUAUCACUAAAUUUCUCACCAAUAAAUCAUCAGAAACAUCAGCAUGCAUACGAAGGAAAUGUAGCUCCAGAUGAUGGAAGUGUUUGGAAGAAGGCAGUUAGAAUAGUAGGAUACUUUCAUAUCAAAAGUCCAAGAACAACUCCAACUUUAGCGGACGCAUCGGAUAUAAAUGCAGACACAACAGAUCAUGUAAAUGAUUGUUCUUCUGAGACUCCGGAGCCUGUCGAGUCCUCCCCACCAGCUGAAAUAGAAAUGCUAUGAACUCCUAACAGUAGGAAGUAGGAAGUAAGACUCAGAAUAA